AUGGGGGAACUGGAGCCGUGGAUGGACGAGAACUGGAUUCGUGGCGCAUGGUACAGCGCUGGCGAGCAGGUCUCGGUCAAGAUGAUUCGCGACAAGUACACUGGUGCUAGUGCCGGUUACUGCUUUGUCGAGCUCUCAAGCCCAGCGGCUGCCGCCAAGGCCAUCGGUACUCUGAAUGGUGUUGUGAUUCCUGGCACCAACAAAGUCUUCAAGUUGAACUGGGCCACCGGAGGUGGCAUAGCCUCAUCCUCCGGUCCUGGUGCCGGUCAGGAGUACUCUGUCUUCGUCGGCGAUUUAUCCCCCGAGGUUACGGAGUUUACGUUGGUGUCGAAGUUCCAGGAGCGAUACAUGUCCUGCAGAUCAGCCAAGAUCAUGACAGAUGCCACAACUGGAAUCUCGCGAGGAUAUGGCUUUGUAAGAUUUGGUGAUGAGAGCGAGCAACUGCGCGCACUUCACGAGAUGCAAGGCGUUUAUGUCGGUAGCCGUCCAAUCAGGAUCUCUAUGGCGACACCCAAGAACAAGAUGUCAUCGGGCGGCAUGGGUGGUGUUGGCGUCGGAAACAUGGGUGGUGUUGGUGGAAUAGGUGGUGUUAGUGGCAUGGGACCCAUGGGCGUCAGCAUGAGCAUGUCCCCUACUGGCUACGGGUAUAAUUCGCCCAUACAAGCAGGCAGCCCUCAGCACUCCACGACCCAGUUCAAUGAUCCCAGCAACACUACCGUCUUCGUCGGGGGUCUCUCUGGAGUGAGCCACGAGGAUGAACUCAGGAGUUGCUUUGCUAUGUUUGGCGAGAUCACUUACGUCAAAAUCCCCCCCGGCAAAGGCUGCGGUUUCGUGCAAUUCGUUCACAGACAGAGUGCAGAGAUGGCUAUCAACCAGAUGAACGGCUAUCAGAUCGGCAACUCGCGUGUCCGCCUUUCCUGGGGACGUGCACAAAACGAGAACAAGCAGCCUAUGUCGCCUCAUGCCUCUUCCAUGAUUGGCAACCCAGGCUUCCGUUCACCUUUGCAAAAUCAGUUCCCUGGCCUGCCGCUCAACAACCGCGCGUCGGCUUCAUAUGGCUCAUUUCCGGGUAUGAUGGCUGGCACGCCUCCCAUGCUCGGUGUGAUGCAGACGCCACCACCCCGUGACACCAUUGACAGAACUCCUGCCGAGCACCAGAAUCGCGGCUAUAACGAGAGGAAGGAGCCCAUCAUGGACCGCAUGGAUGAUGGCGUCAGCUGGAGAGGCUCUGGCGCUAUCUAUGCCUAA